CCGUUUCUUGUUUAUUUUUGUCCUAGUCACCCAGGAAUAAACCACAAAGGCCACAAAGGCGUUUUUUGCCUUUUCUUUGUUUAAAGGGGCGCACAAAGGUUGUCGGAUUAAUAUAACUCCUGCUGGUGAGGGGCGUUUUAUUAAGAGCCGCCCGUCCCGUGUGGAUAAAAAAAGGAAAAGCUGACGGUUCUGCUCGCAUCGGUCCAGCAUGGACUCUAGAGGGUCUCCUAUCCUCAGCAUCCACCUACUGCGACGGACGGACGGAGAAAUGAGGACGGCGUGAGGAGAUCCGCGCACAGCCGGACCGGGGACGCGCAUCGCCGCCGAAUCAGAGACAGCCGCAGUUUUUAAUUCCCGGGGACAAGAGGGGGAAGACAGAAAAGCAUCGGCACACCUUCUUUUUGUUAUUUCUGAUCGCAAGGACGGAGAGAGGUUGUAAGACGUGGGAGAUAGUAAGAUGUGAACAUCUACUUCGUUCGUCUGCUCCGGCGUGACUGCAUCUCACACUUUCGUGACUCUAAUGAAUGUAAAAGAUCCCAGACGCCGUGCCAUUUCUCUCCUUCGUGUGGGAUUUUAAAACGCGUCCGGGGCCGUAAUGUCUGCGAUAUUUCCUUCUUUGUUAGUCCUCUUCAGCCUGCUGGCAGCGCAUGCCCAGACGGAGAUGAAGCGCGUGGUGGGGGACAACGCCACGCUGCCCUGCCACCACCAGUUCUGGCAGGCCGAUGCCCACAUGCUGGACAUCGAGUGGCUGCUGCAGAAGCCGAGCUCUAAGCAGAAUGUGGUGAUCACCUACUUCGGGGGCAGGGUGUACGAGAUGCCGGAGGGGGCGCCGGGCCGCCUUUCCUUCGCCGGGGACUAUCUGAAGGGGGACGCCUCCCUGCUGAUCAGCGACCUGGCCCUCACCGACUCGGGGGAGUACUUCUGCAAGGUCAAGAGUGGUGGGAAAUACCACUGGAAUACAGUCACCCUCUUAGUGCUGGUAAAGCCAUCCAAGCCUCGCUGCUGGAUGGAGGGGCGUCUCCUGCAGGGCAGCGACGUGAGGCUGAGCUGCCGCUCCGCUGAUGGCUCUGAACCCAUCCGUUACAGAUGGGAUCGGCUGCUGGACAAGGGCAAGAACGUGGGCAGGCUGCCCCCACUGGCACUCAUGGAUCUGAAGAACCCGGAGAUCAUCACGCUGAGGAACCUGACACAGGACAGCACCGGAAUGUACCGCUGCACCGCCAGCAACGACGUGGGCGAAGAGAACUGCCUCAUCGAGGUCAAGAUGAACUAUGUGCGUGGCGUGGGUGUGGUCGCGGGUGCCGUGGUGGGCGUGUCCUUUGGGGUCCUUCUCAUCAUCCUCAUCAUUUGGCUGGUUUUCCGCAAGAAGGAGAAGAAGAAAUACGAGGAGGACGAGACCCCCAAUGAGAUUAGGGAGGACGCCGAGGCCCCCAAGGCGAAGCUGGUGAAGCCGCACUCGCUGCCCUCGUCGCGCUCUGGCAGCUCCCGCUCCGGGACCUCCUCCACGCAAUCCAUGGUGCCCAGCAGCGGGCCGCACGUGCCCCCCCAGCGGCCCUGCCUCCCCGUGGUGGCCGCGCUGCGGGAAAACGGCCGGACGACCGCCGGGCUGCCCCCCUCCCCACCAGCCUACUCACGCACCCCUCCCAGGGCCUCCGAGCUGGGCAAUCCCCGGCUCAGUCCCGGGAACCUGGUUCGCAUGGGCGCCACCCCCGUCAUGAUCCCUGCCCAAACCAAGGCCUUUCAGACUGUGUAGAAGGGCUCCCCCCAGUGGCAGCGUGCGGGAAAGAUGCAGACAGGAAGUAGCAGACUUUCACAUAAGCAGCAUCCAGCUGCAGAUAUCGUAGUGGAUAUAACUUAAAGGAAUUAAUAAUCAAACAGCGUUUAAAUGAAUGCAUAUUAAAGGAGACCUAAAGUUCCUGUCCCUCCUGAUUGAAAAAACUUAAGCCCAAGGGUAGACAUUUUUCUGUUUUUAUUUGUAUUUAUCUACAGAUGUGGGUGCAAAGAGACAGAAGCAGAUAAAUGGAGUUUAUUUCAUUUCGAAACACACAGAGCUUGUUGCUGACUGAAGAGGUGAUUUGACGUUACAGAGACAGGGUCUGUGGUCAAAAGGCCCGCGUUGCUUCAGAGGGCUUGUCCUUCACCCUUCAGCAUGUGUCCCGUGUAGAGAGCCCUCUUGGGCACGCCCAGGUUAGGGGUCAGACGCUAUGCACACAUUUCAGCUCCAAAAAGCUUGCUAAGAAGUCUGAGCCUAAGACUUAUCACCAACAGCAAGAGCUCCCAGUACUCAUGUGCAAAGUCCACUGGCUAAGGGGCAUUCCUGUGAGGUUACUCCUCAUUUAACAGUGAGCUUACUCCUCAUUCGACAGUGAGGUUACUCCUCAUUCAACAGUGAGGUUACUCCUCAUUCGACAGUGAGGUUACUCCUCAUUCGACAGUGAGAUUACUCCUCAUUCGACAGUGAGGUUACUCCUCACUUAACAGUGUGGUUACUCCACAUUUAAUAGUGAGGUUACUCCACAUUUAACAGUGUGGCUACUAUUCAUUCGACAGUGAGGUUACUCCUCAUUUAACAGUGUGGUUACUCCUCAUUUAACAAUGAGGUUACUCCUCAUUUAACAGUGAGGUUACUCCUGACACAGAAAGUGUGGUGAUUCCUGGAGCAUUUGAAAGGAUCAAAUAGCUAAAACAUUUAGCACAUCGUGACUCCCAACAAUUAAAGAGUUACACACAACUGACAGUUUUAUCCACAAGGAGGCGCUCUGCCUUCUUCUGGCCCUUGGAUGGGACACUUGACCUCGGAAACACCCCCCCCAGCAUAAACAGCCAGCGAGUUUACCGAAGAGGUCACCAAUUUUAAAUUACAAUUAACUGAUUUAUCUAGUGCUGUGAUCCAAUGCGACCUAAGGUGGAGGGAAUGGUAAUGAUUUAUGGGUGCACCCUGGGAUUCAAACCCACAACCUCUACAUACCUGCAUACAUUACCAGCAGCUCCAGUUGGCUGUACCUAAACUUAAAGGACCCCCCACAAAAUACGUGCAUAAAAGUAUACAUACAGGAAUAAACCGUCUCCCACGACACUAUCAGAGGACCUUAUUAAACUUUAAAUGUAUGUUAACGAGGAUGGGUCACAUUUAUACUCCCCGAUUUGUUUAGCGAAAAAGCCUCCAUAGCUGUGCACAUCUGGACACUAGGUGGCGCCAUGGCACGCCACGCUAAGAAGACACUAAGGGCCACCAGGACGUCUGCCUUAUUACCGCUGGGAUUUCCUGCGGGGACACAUCGCCUAUGGCAAACGCGCUGUUUCUCACCACCAAAUGGACAGCGAUGAUACCACACAUGGCCAUUGGGUGGUGCUGUGCUGGACGAAGCUGAAUAAUGGCCACUCUGAGAGUUCAGGCUUACAACAGCCCUAUUCUCGGUGCGCUGUUUCCAACCUCAGCUUUUGGUAAAUAUCUCAAUGUCAUUUUAAUUCUAUAAAUAAAUGAACCUUUCUGACAAUGUGGUGUAAGAAAUAAGCUGGACUGGAGGCCUGUUCUGUGUGCCUUUGAAACCAAUUUCUUGCAUAUGGGGUUACUUGUUAAUCCUUACGGCAUAUGUAAAUAGCCAGCUGACUGUACAGAAUAUUAACAGAACCAAAUAGAAAAACAGUGAAGAUGGGGGUUGAAAUAUCGGUCGGGUAUUUUUGGAAAUUUUCACCAGAGUAAAGCGCAAAGACAGAGGACGGUGCAGCGGUUAAGGACGUCGCCGAUUCAGGUGCCGGUAUGGGACCUGCUCUUUGUCCCUCCAACAACUUGCUUAACCUGAAUAGCUAUUCCAGUCUAAAUUGAUAAACAUGAAUCUAUCAGCAUCUCGCUUGUUCAUAUAUGUGCUUCGUUUGCAUGUGUAACUCACAGAUAAUGUAUUCUUAUUUUAUGCAGCCAGGUUAAAGAAACUGUGAUUAUAGAUUUUCUUUUUCUUUUUCCAGUAUGUUAUUACUGAUUGUCAUGCAAAAUAACGGAUUUUCAUGGAGUGCGGUCAAGAUGCGCACGUAGGCUAUGUUGUAUCCCUGUCCAGGGUGCCCGGACGGCAACCUUUAAAAAAAUCAAGCCUGCAACCGCUGUUGUCCUCUUUUUCAACGGUUCCUCUUUCAUGAUAGUGGAACUUUUGAAUGCCACGGCAUAAAACGGAAAUAUUUAAUUUUUUGCUCGCGCCCUAAAGUGAAAACACGGAUCGCUUAUCAAGGAAGGUCCAGGUCAACUGAUGGUGUAAAGGGCUUAAGGACCCGGAAAAAAAAGCAGCUCAGUUGGUCUGGAGACCCUCACUUUCUCCCGGCGGGGAUGGUAAAGCACUAAAACAUGAAAAUCGAAGGGAUCGUGGAAGAGGGACAUCUUGUAUUUCCACGAGCAUUUGAAACAAGCUCUUCCGUUUACAAUGCAUAUUAAGCAGAUGAGUGAAUGUGGAAUUAUAAUCUACUUGGACUUUAAACACAAGCGUGACGAUCUAAGCAAUAUCACAAAGUUCAAUUCAGUGAACAGAGAGAACCUUGAUUCACGAAAACAUUUUAAUGUACAUUUUCGCAGUCAAAGGUUUGCGUCUCUGAAAUAACACGUAGAGCAAACGCUCCGCUCCGCUGGCGCCCUUCUUCCUACGAAAGGGACGUGCCCUUGUGUUUUAUGGCGUGCCUGACGGGCCUUAUCUAAUUAUUAUACAAGAACCACAUUAAGCAGAUUGUUUGAGAUGAACCUCUCUCCAAUGGACUCGCAGAAUGGAGGCAUUUUCUCCAUGACCUCUGCAUACGCUCACCGAUUGAGGUGCACCAAACGCCGACUCGGCCAUUUCACUGGAGAUUUUUCCUAUCUCGUUAUAUUAGGCCUGUGUGCUCAUAUGCGGGUCGGCAUAACAUAUCAAAUUAUGAAUAAAUAUUGUAGGAAGUUAUAAGUGGUUGUUCCUUUGUUUUUUCGUUUCUCAUUUACCCAGGUUUAUUUUUCAUAGGCCUAUCUAUUUUUGCGUUCAGUUAUUUCAUUCCAGUCUUUAUUCCAACCACCUGUUUCUUGAUUGUAUAUUGUCAGAAAGACUAUUAUAAAGGGAAACGCCGAACAUUUCUCACCUUCUCACGAUCAUCUUGCAGUACUGGUUUGACCGGAAACACUAUGUAUAUAUACCAUUCGCUGGUGAAACUGUACAUUUGUAAAAUAUUAAACAUUGUUUUUCUUUGUAAUAAAAUAUUCAACGUGUAA